GGCGGGGGCGGGAAGGCAGACUGCAGCCCGCUCGGCCAGGACAACCUGCUCGUGUGCCUCCGAUGCACAGUGUGCCGCGCCGUAUUUGCCGGCAACUGGAAGUGGCCAGCAGUGCCAGAGGAUGUUCAGUUCCCGCGAGGCUUUCACUCGCCUGUUCUUGCCUCCACUUGCUGCGAGCAGAACCGGUGUUUUUUUGCGACUCCGCAGGUCGUCGUUGAGGUCACCCUGUUGUCUUACUUGCUCGGUUUCCUAGCCCGCGGCGGCAUGAGCUUCACCGCGUUCGCUGUGAUCUACCAGACCUUGUGGCCAGCGUCCAUGCGCGGCACGAUGUACGCGUCGAGGACGCACCUGCUGCAGAUCUUCGACAUCAACGUGAUCGCCUUCGCUUGCAUAUUGAUGUUCGCCGAGUGCGCUCUGGACGCUCGCGCAUUCGUCUGGUGUCUGCGGCCGCGCCACCAGGGCUCCGAUUUUGAGGCGUUGCUCUGUCAGGCGAGGAAGGCGUUCUCGACGUCGUCAGCUUCUCAUGCUUGCUGGCUAUUCCGCCGCGUGCGGGCCCUGGUCGUUGACGGCAAAUGGUGCGUCCAGACCAGUAUAUGCAAUGCCCGGGACUGCAAUCCCGUCUUCUCCGCGGAAGUUCGGGAGGGGUAUUUCAAGGGAUGCACGGAGCGGCCCGCCCCUGGCAGUUUGUAUUGCAAGAGGCAUGCGUAUGCUCGCGGGCACCGACGACGGUGGCAGCAAUCCCAGGACGCACUCGUGGUGGAGGACCACCGUAAAACAGUCCGGCAAGACGGGGUGCUCCUGGAGUACAAGGUGCAGGGGGGGUGGGCGAGGCGGGAGGCCGUGAACACGGACGACGUCAGGCAGUACGAGAUGUGGCUGCUUCGGCGGGCGAGGCAGAAGAAACAGCAGGAGGAUGACAGGAAGGACGUCGACGAGUUGCUGGUUGGCCGCAAAUCCGCGGGCAUCUUCGUGGCCGUCACGCCUUGCCUGCAAAUUGCGGCAAUUGCGCCGAUGUGGGCGUCCGAGAGCAUUUCGCAAUUACUGUUGUUCUUGCUGGCCACCAGGGAGCUGUUCCUAGCUUUGGCAUGCGUGAUUUACGACAACGCCUGCGCGGUCGCGCGGCACCUGCGCAAGCGGCAGCGCGAGAGCCCCCCGAGUGAUCCGGACGCGCCCGGCUGGACGUGGUUACUGGGCUUGCAAUGGGUCGUCGAUCGGUUGCAUUUCACCUAUCGCAAGGGCUGCCGCGAUAAGACGAGCCCGUACUUCGCGCCUGGCGUCGACGCCGACGACUACCCCUCUCUGAAGGGCGUGGACACAGAAGCGGUGGAGCAAUUGUUCCACGUGGCCAAUCGCUGGCAGGUCGUCCUGUCCGGGGCGCACCCAGUGCACGAGGAGCUGCUGCUCCUCAUUUUCGCGCGGGACCACAACAGGAGGCAGUCCUGCCACCGCGCCAUCCAGACGUACCGCUCCGCUCAAGCUGCGCCGGCUGCCCCCCGCAGCGGACCGAAUUCUUCGGCCGAGGGGGGCCUGCGUCUCGCGGCGGCGUACGCGGGGGGGUGCGAGUGCGAUGUCCCAGACCGCGCGGGCUGGCGGAAGAAGCGGAAGACAAUCCGGGCGUCUUGCGAGGUCCCAGAGCCCCCGCCGCCUGAACAGGCCCCGGAUGGAGAGGCAGGCAAGCGUGCCGCCCCGGCAGAGGCGCCGCGCGAUCCUCUCCCGACGAUGAGGAAGCAGGACCUACACAGCGCUCACGUGUGGAUUAACUUGCGCAGCAAGACCGUGCACCACGCAGUGCUGCGGAAUUCUGUGUCCGCCGGGUGCGGGUAUUUUUUGGGCCAGGACAGCCGGCCCCUUAGGUUGGGCCGGGCCGACGUGCGACGUGCACGGCGUGUUCUCGUGCGGUAG